UUUUUGUGUUUUCCUCCCUCCUCCUCACUUCUCUUGCUCUCUGCUCUUUGCUGCUCCUCUGUCUCCAGUGUCCGUGGCCCCUCCCUCGAUGAGCCUGAUCAAAGAGCGCUCGGGGUCUCCCGUGCUGAGGUGUGAGUCCAGGGGCUGGUACCCGGAGCCGGAGCUGGAGUGGCUGGACUCAGAGGGGACGGUUCUGCUCAGGACUGAGGCUCAGAGAGGAGCGAGCGAGGAGCUGUUCAGUGUGAGCAGCAGACUGAGUGUGGAGCAGAGGCUCGGCAACACGUUCACCUGCAGAGUGAGACAACAGGAGAGCGGCCAGAGCAGAGAGGCCCAGCUCAGCAUCACAGAUGAUUUACUGGAGUCUUCUCCCUCCUGCUCUUUGUCCUGGAUCCUCUUCUCUUUGAGUUUGGUUCUGAUUCUUGCAGCAGUUGCUGUUUUGGUCGUGUGGAAGUGUAAAACUAAAAGAAAGAAAUCUGACAGUAAAAGGAUUGAACUUGGAGAAAAAGAAGAAAGAAAGAGUAUGAUGAAAGAAGAAAGACAGAGUAUGAUGAAAGAAGAGAUUACAAAUAUACUGAAGCAGAAGACUGAGACUGAGCUGCUUUAUGUCAAUAAUGUGAUCAAAACACUGACUGUGGAAAAAGAUGUAUUAAUGAAACUCAAGGAGAAUCCUCUGGAAGCGAUUCAUAAACUGAAGAGUUUAAUAGAGACAAAGAAAAAAACUUUGGGUCCUACAUUGAUCAAGGAUAAAUCUAACAAACAGACACAGUACGUCGAAGCCCUGCAGAGAGAAAACUAUAUGCACAUGAAAACAGUUGAAGUACUUGAUAAUCAAAUAAAGACAUUAGAGGAGGUGAUUUCGGUGUCAUUACAGAGAAAAGGACAGUGGGAGGCAGAACUUCAGCAGAUGGAAAAACAGAAGAAGCGUCAGGAAACAAAGACACAGCAGGAGACAAGAGAAGAAGAAGAAAAGGUGAAUGUUCAGGUGAACGCUCAUGAUCAGCCUCAAUGAGAUCAGGCUCAGAACAAACAGAGAAAUACAGAUCAGGACGUAGAUGAGAUAUGUGAUGGGGUGAAUUUUAUGGUUGAUUUGUAAUUUUUUUCUUGAUUUGCAAAAGGUUAAAAGUCUCAUAUUACACUAUUUUCUGAUCUGUUCUAAUGUUGUUUCCUCAUCACAAACAAACCUGGAGAUGUGUUUUGUUUCAGUCACUCUUGUUUCACUUACAAAACCUGCAGAUUUAGGCUGAGCUCUUUUCUCAAACUGAAAACACUCUGUUCCACCUUGUGAUGUCAUCAUGUGGUAAUACAGGAAGUGCUCCACUGUGUUUUAAAACUCCACACACUAGAAUCAUUUAGAUAAUUUCAGCCAUGGAAUUUCCAGGCUUUUCUAAACACAAGGUGGCACGUCGCAUUUUGGGCUUUGUAGAUGUUACAGACUAAUAAUAAAGUGUUACUCAAACAUGUGAAUGAAACAAACACAACUCUGGUUUUGUUUUUGAGGUGGUAACAUUCUAAUGAGGUUUUAGGGCGAUGAAAGUCAGUUUUGCCCAAUACAAGACCUUUAAAAAAAAGACAACUUUAUAUAUUUUUUGGAUUAUCAUAAUAACAUUAAAUAGAGGCUUUAAUGAUUCAUUCAAAAUGUUCCUGACAAAUAUCUUGUUCUUUUGGAUUUGUAAAUAUAACCCAACAUCACCAAUUUCCUUUUGUCUGUCCAAAAGUGCCAGUGUCAUUGUGUU